AUGAAGCAGAGCCUUCUCUCGGAGGCUCGGAAUCCGGAAAUCGUGACAUUUGGCCUAGCCUGGGGCGUUCCGGGCUGGAUCGGAAAUGGCACAUUCUUCAGCGAGGACAACAUUUUCUACCACGUGUCCUGGCUGAAGUGCAUCAAGGAGACUCUAAAGAUUGAGAUCGACUACCUUGGCAUCUGGAACGAGCGAGAUUGGGGUGCUGUUUGGUAUGUGUACGAGCUCGCUGCAGCCAUCAAGGCUGCCAAUUUGACGACCCAGCUGGUAAUGCUUGAUGCGGCAGGGGGUUCGGUUCCAGCAGAUUUCCUGAAUGCCUUUGAAAAAGACGAGCAUUUCCAGGAUCUCGUCGCAGCAGUGGGACUGCAUUAUCCCUGCACUGGGAAUGAGAAGCUUUUCGAUGCCUUGAGACCUCAUCCUUCCACACGCUUCUGGUCUUCAGAGGAGACCUCCACUGUGGCGGAUUGGGGGGGUGCUGGCUGUUGGGGCCGCAUGAUUAAUCAGAAUUACGUGCGGAUGAAUGCCACCUCCUCGAUCGCUUGGUCUCUCAUUUGGAGCGUCUAUCCCAACUUGGAGUGCUUUGGAAAUGGCCUUCUCUACGCCUUCGAGCCUUGGAGUGGCCAUUACGAGGUCAUGGCGCCAGUCUGGAUGACUGCCCACACUACACAGUUCACCAAACUGGGUUGGGAGUACCUUCCACCCGGCCAGGGGGCAGGGAACCUACCGGAGGGCGGAACCUACGUCACCAUUGCCAGCAGAGACUUGAAAGACUUCACCGUUGUUCUGGAGACAUUACAAGGCAGCUGUAUGUACAAUGGCGGAUGCUUCCACACCGUGGAGGCAAAUAGAACUCAGAGCCUACAGCUGCAGCUUAGCAGCAAGCUUGCUGAUGCGGCCCUGGGAAGAGCUUUGGAGGUAUGGGCUACAAACAGCACCCACUGGUUUCAGCGCUUGGCCGACACACAGAUCACAAAGGACGGCUUGCUGAGGAUUGAAGUCCCAGUGGAUGCGAUCGUGACCAUCAGCACCCUGGGCAAUGCCACGAAGGCAGGGCAACGCAAAGCCUCGCCUGGUCUAGACAAGGAGGUGCCACCAGCCAAGCCAUUCCCGCUGCCUUUCCUAGAGGAUUUCGAGUCCCAACCGCUCCGACGAGCCCCGGCCUUUUUCGCAGAUCAGGGAGGAGCCUUCGAGGUGGUGGAGGCACCUGCCCCGUUCGACGCCACGCCCGAUCAGAGGAGCAUUGCACGGUCUCUCACUACCCGGGUCCUCGAGCAGCAGAUCACGGAGCCCCCCAUCGGCUGGGGCCCUCCAACACAGCCGUUGACCCUUCUGGGUGACGUCAACUGGACGGACCUUGAGACCAGUGUAGCCGCUCGCUUCGAGAGCCCGAAACUUGGCCUCGCCACGCCGCUGGUGCCCUUCGGCCAUGGUGCCAGCAGCUUCAGCUCCUUCGACGGCCCGGCCUUCGACGUGGCCGAACGGAUGAAGUCGGCUCCACCGGUGCCUACGCCGAGACAGGUCGUCCUCUGCCUCCGAGCAGCUCGCUACACUUUCUUUGGAUCCGGCGGUGGCCAGCCUGAAGGCUACUGUCUGCGUAUCAUCCAGAACAACACCUCCUCCCGGCCUGCGUGGUUGCUGACGAUAGCUUCAACGAUUGCAGCCUCCGGCUUUCUGAGCCCCGAGAGCGCCCAGGAGGUUAUGCGCGGUGGCUGGCUUCACCUAAAGCUGAAGGCGUACAAAGCCCGGAUAUCUGCUUCUGUAGAAGGCACCAAAGUCGCGGAGAUCCUCGAUGUGACUUAUCCCCUCGGACAGGUUGGACUCGGCUGUGGCUACCACAAGUGUCAGUUUGACAAGUUCGAGGUGCGGCCAGCUUCUGAGGAGAGCAAGCCCGAUGAGGGACUGUUGGAAUCCAUACGACCGCUGCUGAAGGUCUUUGAUCCAGUGACUUUUCACUACAACGCGCGUAGCUGCGACCCUUCGCCGACCCCGACGAAGCAGCGGACGGACUUCACGGGGAUGAUUGGCUUUGCAUUUGUCCCAGAGCAGCCCGUGGCCGUGAUCGCGCUGGGCCGCAUGGUCCUUCGGGGCAGCCAAUCGCUUUACGCUGCACACAGCGUUGAGCUGCUGGAGUUGGAUGAAGUUGCGGGUCUGCGGCCUUUGGCGGUGGUGGCAGUGUCCACCCUGGAUGCACAGCAGGCCGGAUUCAUCUCAACGGAUGAAGGCUUCCACUAUGCCCAGCUGCGGAAGCAGGUGCUGUUGCAGCCAAACAAGACUUAUGUCUUGGCUUCUUCAGAGUUGCAAAGUGGUGAUGCCUUCUUUGACAAGGCCGUGUUGGCGGAACCAUCGGAGGGCCUGGACAUCUUGGGCCCUGUGUACACAGACGCUGGGACCUGGCGCUUCGACAACUCCCCUAACCUGCUUUAUGGUCCCCUGAACGCGUUGCUCGUCCCCGCCAAGGUGAAGGCUCUUGAAGCAGCUCUGGACAGCAGCAACGACAGCCGCGAAGCCGGAAACGACCCUCAGACAGCUUCCACGCCGGACGCCGGCGUGGCCCCAACUGUCCGGCAAAAACAUCCAGAUCCGCCAUCCCAAAGGCUCCGUAGCAAGGACACUGUUGAGCAGGUGCUGGCGAAGGCUCCAGAAGAGACUGAGCCAAAUGGCGUUGAAAGACCACCUGCCGCUGUAAGCAGCCCUCAAACACCUCCGGUGCAGCCACAAGGCAUCCAAUCCGCAGAUGAGCCGCAAACACAGCAGCUGCUUGAUCAGGACCCAGAAAAGGUGCUGCUUGCUUCAGCCGCGGCCCAGAGGGCGGACCCGAGUUCAGAGGUCGAGGUUGUGGAGGAUAAGACGCUUGACCAGCGGCAAGUCAAGUAA